AAUAAGGCCCAAGGCAAACUAAGCCCACAAAAAUUUUCUUCUAAAAAAAAAAACUGAAAUAUGAAGAGAAAUGCUCCUUACUCCUUUGUCCAGUCUCACCCUUCUUCAAGCUCUGAUCUCAGAAAUGGCACUGAGGAUUGUCUACCGCGUGGUGUUCUUCUCCAUCUCCUGCGCCUGCUUUAUGUUCCUCCACCUUAUUCUCCACCCGAUCUUCUACUUCACCUCAUGAUGAUCCCUGCUGCUUAAAUCGGUGAUGAGCGGUACCGUUGUGCAACCACUGCAAAGAUAAGUGCGAAGGAAAAAAGAAGUUAUGACUUUAUAAUCUGUAAACCGACUACUGAAAAUUACUUGUUGAGAUGAUCAAUUUGUGGAUUCCAAGAGGAUGAUGCUUCGCAUGUUUUCACCUGGAUGCAUGUAUAAUAGACGUGGUUGGAAGGAUUGAAAAUGAAGGACCAAUCAGCCUGACCGUUCUAGAUCGAAACUAUGCCUGACCUCUUGGCUUCAGAGUAUUGAGUAUUCUAUUGAAAUAAAUGUAUUAAUGAUUUUAAUCUUUUAUAUUUGUUAUAUUUGAAACAACUACAGGAAAUCAGAGUUUAUUCCCUUGGUGGAUGCUUAUAAUCAAAUAAUAAUGUAUUA